GGUAUUUCCAGGCAGGCACAGGGUUGCUGGGUAGCGAGCCAAUCCACAGCCUUGCCUACGCAGCUGAGAACUUUGCUGGCGAUUACCACGGUGUCAGUAACACAGACCUGUGCCAUGCGCGACUGAAGCACUCACAAGUGUGAGGGUCAAUAUUUAUAGACCACUACACAGCUGCCCUGCAGAGGGAGACGGGGCAGCACGCACGCACGGGGCAAGAAGACACACUGCAGUGGAGGAACUUUAAUUUCCAGUUUUUUCUGAAAAAGCAAACAAACAAAAAAACAUUUUUUUUCACUGUCAGGUUCAGACUUCUGCUGAAUCAUAACCAUUUGGCGCUGAGCUAUGACAAGAGAGGAAACAAAAAGUUAAACCAGCAAGCCUGCCGUGCCAGAAGCAAACUUUGGUAACAUGCUUUUGAGAAGUUCAGGAAAAUUAAAUGUGGGCACCAAGAAAGAGGAUGGUGAGAGUACUGCCCCCACCCCUCGUCCGAAGAUCUUGCGUUGCAAAUGCCACCACCAUUGUCCAGAGGACUCAGUCAAUAAUAUUUGCAGCACAGACGGAUACUGCUUCACAAUGAUAGAGGAAGACGACUCUGGGCUGCCUGUUGUCACUUCCGGAUGUCUAGGACUGGAAGGCUCUGAUUUUCAGUGUCGGGACACUCCCAUUCCUCAUCAAAGAAGAUCCAUUGAAUGCUGCACAGAAAGGAAUGAAUGUAAUAAAGACCUACACCCUACACUGCCUCCCCUGAAGAACAGAGAUUUUGUUGAUGGACCUAUACAUCACAAGGCCUUACUUAUAUCUGUGACUGUCUGUAGUUUGCUCUUGGUCCUUAUCAUUUUAUUCUGCUACUUCAGAUAUAAAAGGCAAGAAACCAGACCUCGGUAUAGCAUCGGGCUGGAACAGGAUGAGACCUACAUUCCUCCUGGAGAGUCCCUGAGAGACCUCAUCGAGCAGUCCCAAAGCUCAGGAAGUGGAUCAGGCCUCCCUCUGCUGGUCCAGAGGACGAUAGCGAAGCAGAUUCAGAUGGUGAAGCAGAUUGGAAAGGGCCGCUAUGGGGAAGUCUGGAUGGGGAAGUGGCGCGGUGAGAAGGUGGCCGUGAAAGUGUUCUUCACCACGGAGGAGGCCAGCUGGUUCCGGGAGACAGAGAUAUACCAGACGGUGCUGAUGAGGCAUGAAAACAUUCUGGGGUUCAUUGCUGCAGAUAUCAAAGGGACAGGGUCCUGGACCCAGUUGUACCUCAUCACAGAUUAUCAUGAAAAUGGCUCUCUUUAUGAUUAUCUGAAGUCCUCCACCCUGGACACUCAGUCGAUGCUGAAAUUAGCUUAUUCCUCUGUCAGCGGCUUGUGUCACUUACACACUGAAAUCUUUAGUACUCAAGGCAAACCAGCUAUUGCCCAUCGAGACCUCAAAAGUAAGAACAUCCUGGUGAAGAAAAAUGGAACUUGCUGUAUAGCAGACCUGGGCCUGGCUGUUAAAUUUAUUAGUGACACGAAUGAAGUGGACAUCCCGCCCAACACGCGGGUGGGCACCAAGCGCUACAUGGCCCCGGAGGUGCUGGAUGAGAGCCUGAACAGAAACCACUUCCAGUCCUACAUCAUGGCCGACAUGUACAGCUUCGGACUCAUCCUCUGGGAGGUUGCGAGAAGAUGCGUUUCAGGCGAAAAUAAUUCCAAGAACACAUUUUCAGGUAUUGUGGAAGAGUACCAGCUUCCCUACCAUGACCUGGUGCCCAGCGACCCCUCCUAUGAGGACAUGAGGGAGAUCGUGUGCAUCAAGAAGCUGCGGCCCUCGUUCCCCAACCGGUGGAGCAGCGAUGAGUGUCUCAGGCAGAUGGGGAAGCUCAUGACAGAGUGCUGGGCCCACAAUCCUGCAUCCAGGCUGACGGCCCUGCGUGUGAAGAAAACACUUGCCAAGAUGUCAGAGUCCCAGGACAUUAAGCUCUGAUGGAGAAGAGAGGAAGCAUUUCCACCGAAGGCCGAUGGGCACUCUGCACGGCACAGCUCACGAUGUCACAGCAUCUUCUGUGCCAGCCUUGACUGUCCGCUCGAGACUCAGACCUCAGCUCUUGGGCACAGCCAGGGCAGAGCCAGGAGCUCCCAUGGGGCAGGUUCCCAGGUCUGUUGCAGGAGGGAGAUGCUGGGUGACCUGUUCAAGAUAUCAUGUAUGUUGCUUUCUAGGAAAGCCUGUAUUUUGGAAUUGUCAUUUUUUAAAAAGAUGCUUUAAUUUUGCCAAAAUAAAAUAAAUAUUGUAGAUGUUUUAAGGUUUAUACUAUUAUAGUUUAAAGAAUUAAAACAAAAUUUCAUCCCAGAAACUGUGUUGGAAGGUAAAUUAAACUAGUUUUUCCAUUGGUAAAAAUAUUGUCACACCUGACAAACACAAGACAGUCGGUGAAGUUGAACAGGACUGGAAGUGAUCUUAAGCCCCUGCCUGGGCCUCCUCAGACCUCUUGGACCAGCCCUGCACUGGGGCUGCCAUGCAAUGUGAUUGUACCUGGGAAAGCUCCACCUGCCUGGGACCACACUGUGGAGUUUCUGCAGACAGCUUUUGCGGCUUCAGACAAAACGCAGUGACAAGGUUAUGUGACUGUCCUUCAGUGCGGAUGGGUGUUCUUCAGAGCCACUUUGCUUUCUCUGGUCAUGUUAGGCAGUUCUUUGUUCUUUGUUUUCAUGAAAUAUAAGCAAAGCCUGUUUUUUAUGUGCAAAGAACUAACUUGUACAUGUCUUUGAUCUCUCAAACCAGAAGAUCAACAUUAAAUAAAAUUGCCAUUAAUUGUGUUAAAGACACGGUGCUUUAGAAUAGUGCUAAUCUGUGCUUGUGACGCAUGAAGAGCUUGUCAGUGAGGUAAGGGAGGAGGCCGAGGGCAUAGACGGCCUAUUUCUUGCUUUUUUUUGGUCCUGGGGAUCGAACUCAGAACCUUAUGCUUGCAAGGCAGGCACCAGAACCACUGAGCUAAAUCCCCACCCCAUAGACGGCCUAUUUCUUAUAUCUGCAAAGGAGCCAGUUUCAGAAGCACAAGCAAAGAAGGAUGCACACCUUAUUUUUUAUAGAUAAGGAUGGUUUGUUAUUGUCUUUUUUGUGUGUGUAUGUGUCUGAGGGAGGCAUUUGUCAGGUUAAUUUCACUAAAUUUUAAUUUAAAAAUGCACAAAUAUAACCUGCAGAUAAAAUAACAAGGGAGAGCAGUGGAGGCCAUGAAAUACUAUGGCUGCUGUGAUUUAUUAUUCUAUAAUAGACAGAGAUGGACCGUGGACAUCUGAAGUGAUUAUUUUACACUUUAGGAAUGGUGACUCAUCUGAUUCUUACAAUGUUCUAUUCACAAUUUAUUUAUUGUUUUUCCUUCUCUGUGGCACUUACGCAAAACAUCUCUUUACUUACCAGGGUUUUAACUUCUGAGUACCGUGAGUAAAAUCAUUGACAGGCCCCAUACUCCUUAGCAAUGAAUAUAUGAUAAGGUUUAAAGCUAUACACAUCUCUCUUGAUUUUAUCCAUUUUAUUUCCUUACUAUGGUUCUUGUUAGAAAUUCUUCAGUACUUAACAAGGAAUUUGGAAGUACUUCCCCGCUAGCCUUUGAAAAGGAUAAUUCCUUCCAGAAUACUCCAGGGGGCAGUGUUUUCUAACACACCCAACACUCAGUGACUGCAGGAUGGAGCAAUUUUAAGACACUGACAGCUGUGUGAAAAAUGAGAAGAUACCCCCCACUCCAAGCAGGCUUGCAGCUGGUGUUCCACUCAUCCAAAAGACAUCCUGCAGCAGUGAAGAAUCAUAGCGAGAAACACAUUGACUUCCCAGGGCUUCAUAGCUGUAUUUUGUUUUUUUACUAAAAAAGGAAUUUUGAAUCAGAAAGAAAUUAUUUUUGAGAAUAAGAACAAUUGGUACAAAUAUACUUGUAGUCAGAGCACUGCUCUUACCGAUGUUCAACUAGCCUCGGUAGCAAUGUAAAGGUUUCUCUCUCUUGCAUGGGUUUAUAUUCUUUGUGACAGUUUAGAUGGAAUAUGUAGUUAGAAAUAAGUCUGAGAAUUAUCUGAGAUUUUUGGAGAAACUUCAGUGCCUCUAAUCCGAUCAUCUGCCAACAAGUAAGUGAACAUUUAUCCCAGUUAAGUGGUUAAAUGGGCACAUGUUGGUAUUUCUUGCAUUUUUCUAGAUUUGAGAUUGGGGUUAUCUUUUAGAUAUAAUGGUGUUUACUUUGUGGUAAGUUCUUGAACACGAACUGCUUCAAAUCAAAGUAUUUUGUAGGGAGGUGAUGACUUAAAAAUAACUAGAUUUUUAGGGUUCCAGUAAAAAAAAGGAAGAAUUAAAAUAAUAAAUUUCUUCUGUAUUAUUCAUUUGGUUGCUUUGGAAAAUCAGUAGCUUACCUUCUAAUCCCCAACUUAAUUUACUUCACUAUGAAAAUUUUAAAAUUAUUCCCGAGAUACAUAGUAAGCCCCACUUAGGUAGUACAUAGACUUUCAGUGAGACAAGAAUUUAUUUUGAAUAGAAUUUUUCUCUGUGUCUUACCAAAAUCUGCUUUACUUAGGUAAUACUGAAGUGUUCUUAAAAGACUACCUACUCACUUCCCAAUAGUCUUUUAUGAUUUUUAAAUGUCCAGCGGCUCAGCAGUGAAUUUUAUUUUAUUACUAUUUUGUUUUGUUUUAGAUAAAUGAGAGCCUGGAAAUAAGUAAAAUAGUUGAUUGCUUACUUUCAGACUAUUUCAAAAACUUUCUUGUAACUCCUCUCAACUAAUGGAAUCCUGCAUUAUUAGUUGUUAGGUAAAAUUUGUAUGCUCAGAUGUUCAGGUUUGUAGCUUAUGUAUGUGUGUAUAUAUUAUAUAAAUAUAGAUGUAUAUAUAAAUAUUAUGUUCAGUCUGGAGUCUGGCACAACUCCAUUAUGUGGAUUAGAGGGUAAAAUAUAAUGGAUGAUGAAGUACUAAAUGAAACAUAUUUAUUUAUGAAAGUGUGUAGAUUGUUAAUAAGGAGUGCAGUGCUGAGAACGCUGUGUGUGAGGAGACAGGCCUUGGACCUCCUGGAAAGCGCUGCUUGGAAGUCACCAGUGACUGUUUUUUGUGGGUUUUUUUUUUGUAUUUCUCAAAAAGAAAGCUUCUUAGAAAACAUGCUGAGAUUUUAUUUACAGGGAAUUCUUUGACACAUUUCAAUUGGUGUGUAGUCAAGUAUAGCAAGUGCUCAAUAAUGACUGAAUUUCAUGUUCCACAGUCAUGCAUAUUCAUUAGGGGUUUAUGUUGCUAGUCUGUUCUGGCUCUUCUUUGUUUGUUGGUGGAGGGGCACAGAGAGAAGGACCAUUUUUUAAACUUGAACAUGUUCAGGAGUUACCUCCUCAGAAAUCUCAGUGGUGGAAAUGAAAGGAGUGACAUAAAAAGCAGUUUAAUUUAGCAAUUAUAAUUCCUCUUGUAAAACAAAACGAAUAAAAACUUGCUAUAUUUUUGGGAGAAAAGUUGGCAAUAUAUAGGGGAUUUGUUGUUUGUGUCAAAAGAAGAGCCAUUUAUGUUCUUUUGGGGAACCAGUGCCUUACAGAAUUUGUAUAUACUGUAAUUAUUCAGGACUAGGGAACAAACAAUUGUAUUGUAUUUGUUACAAAUUGUAUAUGGCUUUGUUUUAACAUUCCCCUAAAUAAAAUGGUUUUAUUCUCCCUGUAGAGAAAA